UCGUGUUGCAGCAUCACAACACCAGCGCGGGACGCCGACUUGUGGCGUGUGACCGCUGAGCUGUGGUAGUGAUACAAGGCUGUGGCAGAGACCCCCUUCAGCCGUGGUAACGAGCAGCACACUACACCCUCGAGUUAAGGUGCUCACUAGAUGAGCAACUCGCACCUGAAGAUGGUUGAGAAGCACGCGGAAACCAUCACGGAGGAUGAGGCCGCUCUCUAUGACCGUCAGAUCCGGCUGUGGGGCCUGGACGCCCAAAAGCGAUUGCGCACUUCUCGUAUAUUGGUUGCUGGAGUUUGUGGAAUGGGAGCAGAGGUCACAAAAAAUUUGGUUCUCUCAGGAGUAAAAUCUCUUACCUUGUUGGACCAUCGCACAAUUACAGAAAUUGAAACAUGCUCAAAUUUUCUUGUUCCACAUGAUGCACUUGGUAAAAAUAUAGCUGAGGCAUCCCGAGAAAGAGCGCAGAUUUUGAACCCAAUGGUGGAAGUUUCCUCUGACACGAGCAAUAUUGAUGACAAAACUGAUGAAUAUUUCACCAAGUUUGAUGUAGUGUGUGUGAGUCGCUGCCGUCGAGAACAGCUUCUCCGAAUCAACAACAUCUGCCGCAAGAAUAAAAUUUUAUUUUUUGCUGGUGAUGUGUUUGGAAUGAUUGGUUACAUGUUCACCGACUUAAAGGAUCAUCAAUAUGUUGAAGAGGUGAAAAAGAGAAAGGAAAUCGAGCAAGAUGGUAAGAAGCAGACUGUUGAGGAGACAAAGAUGGUGAAGCACACAGAAACAUUCGUUCCUUUAAGUCAAGCGCUGGAUGUAGAUUGGUCUUCAAAAAAGUAUGCCUCUCAGCUGAAAAGGACAUCUCCAGCAUACUUUAUAAUGCACAUAAUCCUGGAAUUCAUUAGUCUGCACGGCCGACUUCCCGACCCAACUCGUAGGAGUGAAGAUGAAGUUGAAUUACUGACCAUUAAAAAUGCUUUGCUGGAGAAGAUGGGUGUGCCUCAGGAGAAAGUAAACAACCAAUUUGCUGGGUAAGGAUAAAUGGUGUCACU